AUGAACCAGGAGGCCACGCCCCCCUCAGCAGUCGCAAAUAACGUUGAUUUGAGUUUUGAGCAGCAACAGCAGCAGCAGCAGCAGGAGCAGCGGAGGAGACGUAGGGCGGACCAGCUGCAGCAUGACGAGGGGGACGAAGAGGUGGAAGCUGAUGAUCAUGGGGGCGGGGAGGACGUCCAGCUACAGGGCGACUCUACCAGGGCUGACCUCAACAAGCUGACAGCGGUCAACACCCCGAUACCCCGCGGGGCCAUGCACCUGAACAAGGUCAGGAGCCCACACUACCAUCGGACGCAGUACCUGAGCAACCUCGGCAUCUGGGCGAAGAAGGAGGCCAAGCAUCUCAACUCCUCUCGCGCGACGGAGGCGCGCUACAAGAGCGAUCUCACGUCGGAAGCCGCCGUCGCCGCGAAGAAGAAUCCUAGCAGCACGACGACUACGACACCAGGCGAACCGUCACCGGUCCCGCCGCCGCCGCCGCGCCCGCCUGGGACCCCGUCCGACGAAGCUCUAUUAGCUGUAGCCACCUCGAAAACAGCAGGGGGUGCGCGACCACAACCUGCGGCGGGAGAGGCAGCAGCGGUUUCGGAAGUGGUGCCGUCGGAAUCGCCACGACCGCAACCUGCCCCGCGUGGUGGUGACCAUGACCAACCAAGGCGCCAAGGGGAGGGGGAGACGGGUUCGCCACCCUCAGAGGCAACUGGCGGCAAGGGCGGCGGCAGGGUUGUCUCGCCGCAACCGGCGAGCACGGGGCCGGGCGGGAGGGUCGGGGUGGUAGCCGCGGCAGUAGGAGCGUCUUCGUUGGCUGGAGAAGCCUUGGACGGUGGAAAAGGUGGGCAGGACACGGCGGUUGUGGCGGCAGCGGCUGUGGCGGUAGCAGUAAUAGCUCCGGCACGGUCACGGUCAGAACCCUCGGCCGGAACCGCGGGCUCGCGGACGCCCGCGCUCGGCGCCACCAACAGCAGCGCCGACAAUAGCGGCACCUCUGCCGCCGCCCCCGCAACAUCACAACGGAGGAACGAGAAAAUUCGGCCCUCCUCUGCCGCCGCUCCCGUUCCAGCAGCAUCAACGCCUGCCGCGGCCAUCAUUCCCCCUCUCCCAGGGGCCCCGGCAGCAGCACAACCGACCUCCUCCUCGUCCUCCUCCCACCCGCUGAGGUCCGCACGCACCGUGGCGGACCCGCUCAAGGUCGGGUCGCCGCCCCUUCGAGCCGUGCGACCCCCGCGGAGAGACAUCCGCAGGGACUACCUCACCAACCUCGGGAUGAAGAGGGCGGUCGUGGCAGGGCCGGGCGACGCGCGAACGCCCCCGCCGAUGAUCCGGAGGUCGUCGUUCAUCGAGAGCGUGGAGAACCCUGUGGAGGAGCAGCUCAAGGACCCCAACGCGGGCGAGAUCACCUUGGAAGGCGUUCUGAGGGUCGUCGGGAGCAUCCUGACCGGCGGGAACAGCACCAAGAAGGAACGCGAGCCCCGCCCGUGUCGGACGUGCGAGCGGUUGAGAGCUGGCAACAGCGGCGGCAGCAGCGCCAACUCCUCGCCGAUGGUGGGUUGGCACGGCGGCGCCCAGGAUUGCCGAGGAGGCGAGGGGCAACGCGGGGUGCAGGGGUCGGGGGGAGGGGAGGGCGAGGGUUCGGUGGCGGAGUUUGCGCCUUGUCGCCACAAGCACGUCGACUUUGCCCCGGUGGUGUCGGCGGUGUACGUCCCCGUGCACUCGGAGUACAGCGAUCGCGUGCGACGGAGCUACUGGAACAGCGCGGGGGAGAUACGGGAGAUGGUCUACCGCAACAUGAUCGAGUUCGAUGCGGAGGAGUACAACUGGGAGAAUGUUGCCGAGGAGGAAGACAUGUACUUCUGCGAAGAGACGGGAGAGUUCAUCCACCCCAUAUUCUUCGACUCCCAGGAAGAGGCAAGAGAGGUUAGGGCGACUUCGUCCUCCGCCACUUCGUCCUCAGACCGCGACGGAGAGGAACACAUGGAGUACAUCAACGAGGGGCGCGGGUUGCCUGUCAUGCAACAACGGUGAUGCGUCCACCCGCUUAUCCCGCGGGACGAGAGGUGGACCGCGAGGCCAGCAAGGGACCGCGAGAUAGUGGCGAGGCGGUAUCUAGUAGCAGCAGCAGCAGCAGCAGCAGCAGCUGCGGUGUACAGGAAGCGAGCCCUCCAUGCCGGAGGACACGACAGCUUUUGUCUGCUCGGUUUUCGACGCUGGGAAUGAUUUUUUUGCACGAUCCCCAAGCAGAUGUCAUUGCAAAGGCAUGUCCUUGCACGAUGUCUCCAACCGCAAUGGCAAUGUGUUGUACACGACGCCGAACAGCGUGUCGCCGGAAAUUGACGGAGGCGUUCUCGCAGCCCAUCUCCGUGCCACGGAGAGCGCUGUUGGAUCCGUCGCAGCCCCCCCUUUGCGUCUGGAAAUGGAGCGCACUGUAGCGGUGCUCGUCCGUGCGUCCACGUGUCUGGACAACGUGAAGACGGCGAAGAAACAGAUAUUGGCACACGCUUGAUUCAUUUUUUUACGACGGUCGAGAGGUCAUUCGUUGUCUGGGGUAAGGGAAUGCGUUGCAACUGGCGUCGAGAAAAGAAGGUCUUGGUUUGCCUCUCAUUCUCUUGGUGGCGAGACGUCUCGGUUUGUUGUGUCUUGUGUUGGUUUUGUAUAUAGACGACACGCGAUGGUGGACGUUCGGAAAUCGAUACGAGCCAGCGUACCCAGCCAGCAGUAUAUUUGCAGACCGCCACCCAAGUGUUUGUGGGGUCAUGAUGCUGGAAAAUUGCAGGUGGCAGUAGUUCGCCUCGCUUCACAAUCUGCGGGAGAGGGGGGGGGGNGGGGGGGGGGGGGGGGGGGGGGGGGGGGGGUGGGGGGGGGGGGGGGGGGGGGGGGGGGGGGGGGGGGGGGCAUUGGUUUUGCGGUGAAAUAUGGGGGAGUUGGCCACGGGUGUACAGUUUCGCCAAGAGCGGUGUGGUUUCAAAAGCUGGUGUGUGCAUGUGGUACUGUACGCUGCUGUCGGUCGUUUGGCUGGCGCGUGUUGGUGUGAGUAUGGCGCGCAAUUCUCGGCGGGCGCAUGUUUGGACGAGGAGGGCACGGGGAUGAAAAUGCGUCGAUGCCGUGGGCGCGGUACGAAGGGGACAGAAAAAGUUGGUAGCGCUAUAUGAUUCCCCGAGUACUUUAAUGUUGUUGAUGGUGAAGAAGCAAUUGCCGUUUCCCAUAUUUUUAAGUGUUGGGGUACAUUCUUCCGGCAUGCGAUCGACCCCCGUAGGAUAAUUCGAGUGAGAGAACAAAUGGUACUGUCUGUACGUUAGGCGCGCCAUCUCGCGUUUAUAUUCGUUGGUCCGGGUCAGGUUAAAACGGUCGACGUACGUAUUAGAACAAUAUUUACAAGCGUUUGGACAAGGGUGCAGAAAACGCACACACGAGGAGGGAGGUAUAAAUCGACCCGGACCAACGCAGUACUCCCCCAAUGCGCUGAUAGUUGUUCAUUUUGUGUUGCUGUUCUACAAAGUGGUCCUUCGUGGUCAUCGUCGAGUACGUACUUCUGCACGGCCUCCUCCGAAGUCAAGAUAAUGCCUUUGAGUUUUUUUUAGUGGUGGAGAGCACAGGCAAAGGAGGACUGAUAGUGAUCGGUGUAGGAGUGAACGGUACAAUAGUACCUAGAGUCCCGAUCGAUCCAAUUUUUCUUUUGCGAAACGUAUUUUUGCGAGUGUUCUUUUUUGGUGCCUUGUCCACCUGGCAGAGAACACAGAAGAUCACAGACGUCUGCACUUCGUAUGGGUAGGCCACACUACGACGCCUUUUGGAAGUGUGUGUUUCUGGGCGUCGGGAGAGGUCGCGUUCGAUUGCUCCAGAACUAAACAAAGGAAGGCGUGUAGUAUCUCGACGUCAAUCCGGGGACAGGAUCCACGAGAUUGACGCAGAAGGCGCUUCGAACGGGGUGUGUACAGCUUCGUUUUCGCCUGGAUUGUCGCAAGAAGACUGAGCAGAUGUAAGCACCGGAAGCAUGCGCCGGUUUCGGCGAUGUUCUACCACGACACGGUCGACGAAGGCCUUGCUUGGCAUGGAUUGCGGUUUUGCUCGAUGGCCGGUUGUUGAUGGUGGUGGUCGACCGCGACACAGAACACAAAACACGUCAACGACGUCAUUUUUUUUUGUUAUGUGUGGUUUGUUUUUUCGGGUUGUGGCUGUCCUCCUCUCACCGGUUUGACUGGCUUGUUUAUGGGGGAGUCGCCGGUAGUGGAGCGGGGAGGUUUGAACGGCACUCUUUUGCUUGGUCUCGGUGAACGGGGCGUGUGAGGGGGGGGGGUCAAAGAUGGCAACAGAGACAAGGGUGGAUGACGCCCGAAGAGCGAGAGUCUCGAUAGAUGCAAGGGAUUUGAAACUUGUGCGUGUGAACCCCCCCUUCACUUCACUCCUUGUAUUUUCAUUUUUCUGAAUAUGUUUGUAUGCACCCGCUCAUGUAAAAGGUGUGCUGGGCUCUGAUCCGUUUCUGUGUUUGAGCUGGGUGUUUUCCCUUCAAACUAGUUGCUGUUUCGUUAAUUGGGCAGAGCAGGAAAGGAGAGCUCCCCGACGUUCGGUUUGCCAGCGGUUUGGACCAGUAGGAGCGUACCCGGGCGUACUUUUAAGCGACCACGGUGUGGGAGAAGAGGUGACGCGUAUUCAACUCACCCCAAGCUUUUGUGUGCCUGCCGCCUCUCGCAUUGUUUACAGGGAAAAGAAAGAGGUGAGUGUAAGGUUGAAUGUAAUGGAUACGCCGUUUUGACUGGAAUGGCCGUUCGGGCGC